CGGUGGCCUAAGCAUUUCCCUAGGACAUGGACCUUUCCUGUUGGAUUGAUCUUGAAGCAAGAGAGAGGAGAAAAAAGAGAGAACCAGAAAAAGUUGGACCGAUUGAUGAGCCUUCUCUAUUUGCUAGACAGGAAGAAGUCAUUAUUUGUCCAAAAAACUUAAAUUUAUAUUCGAUCUAAGGGAAUCAAUCCACACAGACUAAAGAUGGAAGUGAAUCAAAUUCUCUACAUGAAUGGAGGAGAUGGAGAAACAAGCUAUGCCAAUAACUCCUUAAUUCAGAAAGGGGUGAUGCUCAAGGCAAAGCCAAUCUUAGAAGAAAGCAUAGUACGGCUCUCUCUAAGCAGCAACUUCCCCGAGUGUGUAAAACUGGCAGAUUUUGGAUGUUCAUCAGGACCCAACACGCUGUUGUUGGCUUGGGAGAUCAUGGACAUCAUCCAUGCAACAUGCCAACGGGUUAAUCGCAAGGCACCCAUGUUCCAAGUGUUUCUUAAUGAUCUUCCAGGAAAUGAUUUCAAUACCAUUUUCAGGACUUUGCCGAGUUUUUAUGAGAAACUAAAGAAAGAGAAGGGAAGUGAGUUUGAGCGCGCUUGUUUCAUCGCAGGAAUGCCUGGAACUUUCUAUGGGAGGCUCUUUCCCGACUGUUUUCUUCAUUUUGUUCACUCUUCUUACAGUCUUCAUUGGCGUUCCCAGGUCCCUGAAGGGCUUGUAGGGGAAUCAGGGGUUCCAUUAAACAAGGGUAAUAUUCACAUAGCAAAGACAAGCCCCCAUAAUGUGCUUAAAGCCUACUCGGAUCUUUUUGAGAAAGACUUCACAUUAUUUUUAAGAUCACGUUCGCAAGAGAUGGUUCCUGGCGGUCACAUGGUCCUUGUGGUGAUGGGUAGUACCGGGAAAGCUGAUUCUUCUAGCAACCAAAGCUGCUCCAUCUGGGAGUUAUUAGGAAUCACUCUAAAUGACAUGGUCCUAGAGGGAAAAGUUGACGAGGCAAAAUUGGACAGUUUCAAUCUGCCAUAUUAUGCACCUACUAUAGAGGAAGCUAAGGCCGUGAUCCAAACAGAAGGAACCUUCAACAUUCAUCGAUUUGAAACAUUUGAAGUGGACUGGGAUUGUAACAUCGAUGAUGACAUGAGUAACAAAGGGUAUAGUUUUGGAAAACCCGGUAGAGGGAAGUAUGUGGCCAUGAGUAUAAGGGUGGUUACAGAAUCGAUGCUGGUGGGUCAUUUUGGAAAAGAGAUCAUGGAUGAUUUGUUUGAAAGAUUUUCCAGUAAGAUAGAAGAAUAUUUGGAGGUUGAGGAAGGCAAGCACAUGAAUUUGAUCAUUUCCAUGACGAAGAAUGGUUAAUAAUUAUGAGCAGUACUUCUCAAAGGAGCUUUUUUUCCCCAACAGUAGGAUUAAUUCUGUAUUAUUAUAUAUAUCCCAUGCAUUGAUCACGAAAACAAUUCAGGUUUUGCGUGUCCAUAGUCUGAAUAAAUAAGGGAAGAAAUUCCUAUGUAUAUAUGUACUGGUAUUGUGGACUGUGGAGACCAGUCCGUCCUUGUACGCGGAUUCGAUUAUCAUUCCCUCUAUAUAUAUAUCACCAGCUUCAUUCUGAUCUAUAUGGACAGUUGGGCACUGCGUGCCAAGUGAAGUGAACUCUCA